CUUCUAUUGGCUUGGAGGAUGACUUUAUCUCCAUGGGAGGCGAUUCAUAUCGUGCCAUGAAGGCAGCACGACGCUGUCGACAGGCUGGUAUCGGGGUUUCGACAGUUGACAUCCUUUCUGAAGCAACUGUCGCUGGGCUCGCACGUUCUCUCAAGGCCAAGAAGAAUGCUGUAGCCUCUAGCGGCACAGGUCCAAGCCACGACGACUAUGAUUCCAUCUCAAUCGACAACGACGAGGAACCAUUCUUCCUAAACCUCCAUGAACUGAGAUUACCGCCUGACAUAAACCCGGACAAUAUCGCCUAUGCCAUGCCGUGCACACCAAUGCAGGAGGACUACUAUCACCUCUUCUCAGCAGAAUUGGCCCCUGAGAGACCUGGGAUCAUGACCAGCUGCUACGAGAUUACCCGACGAGCAGGUCUGGGAACCGUUGACCCCUACAGGGCGGCCAGGGCGUGGCAGGCCAUGGCGGACCACCACCACAUGUUGCGCACGCGUUUUGUGCCGCUGGCUGAGUUGGGUGUGGCAUCCGGGUCUUGCGGUCCACUUCCUCCAAAGACUGUCAUGCAGCUUGUCAUGCGGCGGUGGCCCCUUGAUUGUGCUGUCAUCCGUGUUGACUCGGAUAGCGAGCAUGAUUUGAGGCAGUACAGCGAAGUGCACACGGCCAACAUGAUGUACAGAGCGAAGCCCGCCACGAACUUUUCGGUCCGUCUCUUCGUCACACCCACACAGCGCGUCUACAUGAACCUUGUCCUAUGGCACAUCUCGGCCGACUUUGUGUCCACCGGAAUUUUCAGAGCUGACUUUGAUCGGUUCUAUCGUGGGGUGUUGCCGACCCGCCCGGCUCCCGGCUUUGAUCUGUACGUCCACGACCUCGGGCUCGCGACGCGCCGCGGCCAGACGGCCGUGGAUUCUGACAGCCAGUACUGGAUCAACUAUCUCACCGGCGCCGAGCCGUGCUGGCUCCAGCCCCAACAUUUGGGCGUCGUCGACCGGCGCCCUUCUCAGUCAUCAGCGUACCUGGAUCCUGACGGCAAGGAGCUCACCAGCGUGACGAACCUGGGCAGGGCAUCAUGUCGCCUGCGCGUCACCGGACCGGCCGCCGCCUACUGCCGCAGAUGCCGUGUUCUAUCGUCGACAAUCCUCCGUUUCGUGUACGCCCUGACCCUAUGGAGGUAUACGGGCCAGAAGGACGUGUGCUUCUCCUACCUCAUCUCGGACCGCGACCGCGACAUCCCCAACAUCGAGGGCAUCUUUGGUAUGAUCAUGACAUAUCUCUAUGCGAGAAUUGAGGUGGUCCCGUCUGCACGGUUGACCGUGUCGUUGCAAAAGCUUCAUCGCGAUGACCUGGUCCACAGAAGACACUUGUUGUACCGUCCAGCAGAUGUCGCUCGCUCCCUCGGCCACGACAAGCUCCGAGACCACUCUGGCGUGCUCCCGGUGACAAACGUGCGCUUCAACGAUCGCCGUCUCGACAUACCACAGGGACUCGAGCUAGACUAUCGUGGCGUUCUUGCCAACCUUGUGCAAGAGGCACGUAUUACCACUCUGCCCUUUUCGUUUCCAACCAUGCCGCUGACCGUGAUGCAGCUGUUCGUCUCAUUGAUCGUCGUACCUGAGUGGAAUGAAGACUGGGUGACUGUGAAUAUCACUUACAAGAGGGUUCUGUUUUCGGAGGAGAGCAUGCAGAGAUUCGCCGACACAUAUGCUGACAUCUUCUACGCCGUCGCAUCGGGGGCAUGCGACACCGUCGCGGAUGUCAUAGCACACAUCGAGAAAGAAAUCCCGAACACGAAGAAGAGCCUAAUAGGAUAG